CAGGCAACAACGACCGCGACCCGUGGUCGUGGUGGAUGAUAACCCAAGAUGUUGGCUAAACUUAAAGUUCUUCGACAAGAAGAUAAAGCUUUACAGGAGAUUGAGACGAAGCUUCGGGCACAACUCAAUCGCUUGAAGCAAGAGGAGCGUGUCUUAAGACGUCAAAUGAGGAAAACUCAUGAAAGAAGUUUGAGUGAGGAUGAUCAGGAAGUUACGAAGGACUCUGAGCCACACAUGGACGACGAGAUAAUCAAUCAAGAACCACUGCAGGAUCUCAAUGAGAGAGCAACUUCAAUUCUGCAAAUGUGUCAAGCACAAUAUAUUGAAGAAAAGAUGGAUACAGAGGAAGAGGAAGACGAAGGGGAGGAAGAGGAAAAUGACAUUGAUGAAGAGAAUGAAUAUGAUAAUGAAGGAGGAGUUGAAGAUGAAAUUGGAGCCGAGUAUAAAAAACUUUUUAAAGAGAUGAGGGCUGAAGUAGACUAUGAAGAUGAUUUUGAAGAUUGCUGAGUCAUGGUGACAAAAGGAAUACUAUCAUGCAGGCCAAAGAAAAGAAGAUGCAGGUUGAAUGCAGAGGUUGAGGACCAAUUUGCUUUUGGAGCAAGAAGCACGUAUGGAGGCAAAACUUUCAUCAGAUGUCAUCGGAAUAAUCAGAAUUAACAAGAUCACAAGACAGAUGAAUGUGGAGUAAAUAUCCUAAACAAUUGGAGGGGGAAGUCUUUACGUCCUAUAUAUCUGUAAAACUGUGAAUGAAGAAAGGAAGAUGCAUUUAAGAUUGAGGGCCAAGUCUUAUUGGAGAAUGAAGUAUGGAAUAUGGAGUCAGAACCUUGAUCAUUUGUCAUGGGACUAAUCAAGGGAUGUAAGCCAGAUAAAGACACUUUAUGACAGAGUAAAUAUCCUACAAGUCCGGACUGGAGGAGAGUUUUUAUGUCUUGUAAGAAAGGAAUAUGCAUUAUGCAUGCUGUAUAUUGUAUGCAGAGAUCAAGAGCAGAGUUUUGAGCAUAAAGUGUGUAGGCAAACCCUUGAAUAUUUGUUAUGGGAAUAAUUAACUGUUACAAACUUACAAUAUCAAUGACGAUAUUAAAUAACCUAUAACCUUUGCAUGAUCUAGGUGCGAGAUAUAUCUCCAUCUUUGAGAAGUUCCAUUCUAGCCUGAAGAUUCAUGCAGAACUGUUCAAGAAACUGUGGGUCACAAGGGUAGGGUACUUUGGGAGUGCCUGUGAUGUGUCCUAUUCAAGAACAGAAUAUUAUGAUAAAUUAUUAUUAUAAGGCUCCAAUUACCAAUACAGACUUAGAUAUCUGCCCUGUACUAUGUCUGUUGAACACAAGUAAAAUUGUUUUCAAAAAUUGAAUUCUUCGAGAUGAAUUGUGGAGAGAUACAUUGUAGGCAUAGAAAGAAUAAAGUUUGGUGCCUUACAAUUGCAAUAAGAGGAUAGGUUGUAUUACUUGUGUAUGUUUUUUUUCUUCAGGGAACUAAUUUUCUUGCCAAAGGGUGUUACCUGUUCAAGUUUCAAGCAACAUUGUCUUUCAUAAAAACUGCUAGGAGUAUGAAGAGAAUGGGUAGAUGUAUUCCGGUGCAAAAGAUAAAAGUAUUUAAAUGUCAAUAGAGACAACACUAAACUUCUUAAGGUUAAAAGAGAACCUAUCCUUGAAAGAAAAUCACUUUGAAAGAAAGGAGACAAGUCAGAAAAACAGAAUGGUUCAGUUUGAAUGAAAUCAAAUAGACAAAAGUAAUGACAUUCUUUGAUGUGUCUAAGCUAAGCCGAACCAGGUUGAAUUCCCUUUUAUGCAAUGUGACAAUUGAUUAGGCUUAUAUUAAUUUCAUACUGAAAUAUUUUGAGAGGGAGUCGGGAGUAUAAAGACCAGCUCUCUUGUUUGCCAAAGUGAAUGUCUGCCAGAUAUGUCGUUGAGAUGACAUAUAUUAGGCGCAAAUGAUAAUUUGAACCCUUUUGGUACGACUCUCAUCUCAUUGGGUAUUCGUCCAAAAAUAAAUCUCACUUGGGUGGAUAGCCAAGAUGCUUUGUACCCCCCCCCCCCCCCCCAAGAGAGGGAGGAGGGGGAGUGCUGCAUGAUCAUGCCAUUCAUUACUUUAUUGCUAUUUAUUUUAUUAUUAUUAUCAAAUAGAAAAUAUGGUGUCUCGAAUUGAGAGUUUAUCUGGAGUUUUGUUAAAUGACUGAUAUGCUAAAUGAGAGAGUGUGUGUGUGUGUGGGGGGGGGGGGGGGAGGGUUCAGAAAACUUUACAGAACAAUAAGGAUCAAAAGUAAAGCUGCUGGUAUAUAAUUGUGGCAUUUAAUAACUUUCUCUACUCUUUGAUUUACAUGCAUGUUUACAGUUGAGAAGGAAUAAACUUGUAAAAACCAAAAGAAGUAUGCUGAUUGCUGACAAUGUUACAUAAAUCUCUUUGUAAACAAGUAUCCUUUUUUAUAACUCCUCAUGUUAAGAUGAAAUUUGACCAUCAAAACUGGUGAUAAUGAUAAUUCAUGAUUGCACUAUCACUAUCAAAUGAUCCAGACUAUUUACAAGAGACUUUAUACAAAGUUCUUUUUGGUGGUUUAAACACAUGUUCAUACUUGUAUCUGUCACAAAUCACUUA